AUCCCAAAGGAUACAAUAAAAACCUCAAAGGAGGCUUUCGCCACAACCCUCCCUCUUCAGCUCCAUCCCUUCAAGUCAUCACUCCGUCGAAAACAGAGAAAAAACCCUAACAUCAAACAAGAUCAUGUCUGACGAGGAGCACCAUUUCGAAUCCAAGGCCGAUGCUGGUGCCUCCAAGACUUACCCUCAGCAAGCAGGAACAAUCCGUAAGAAUGGUCAUAUUGUCAUUAAGAGCCGUCCUUGCAAGGUUGUUGAGGUUUCAACCUCCAAGACCGGAAAGCAUGGACAUGCCAAAUGUCACUUCGUUGCUAUCGACAUCUUCAAUGGGAAGAAGCUGGAAGAUAUUGUCCCAUCAUCCCAUAACUGUGAUGUGCCCCAUGUUUCUCGUAAUGACUACCAGCUGAUUGAUAUCUCCGAGGAUGGAUUUGUGAGUUUGCUGACCGAGAGUGGUAGCACCAAGGAUGACCUAAGGCUUCCAACCGAUGAGACCUUGUUGAAGCAGAUCAAGGAUGGUUUUGCGGAGGGGAAGGACAUGAUCGUGAGCGUGAUGUGUGCGAUGGGAGAGGAGCAAAUUUGUGGUGUCAAGGAUAUUGGUAACAAUAAGUAGCCUGUUCCGAUCAGUUUGGGUGUGUUGCAAGUGAAGCAUAGGAAAUUAGAGUAUUUACUGUUUAAUCUCGCUCCUAAGAUGAACUCCUAUAUUGUUGUGUCAUGCCCGAGGCCACAUUAUUGAACGGUUUCUUUCGGGAGCAUUUGUAUGUUGCUCCAAUCGUCGUUUGUUUUAUGAUAAUAUUUCCAUCGUUUUGUGUUUGCGUUAAGUGAUAAGGUAUACAUAAAACCGAUCUAGUAGAAGUCUUAAUACACUUUAUAUUGCUUUUGUUGAUCACUUA